AUGAACGUUUGGGAAUUCUCGAAACUCGUAACGUUUAACCAGGUUCGAGGAGCCUUUGGGUUUAAUGAGAGCACAAAUAUCGGCCGGAUAAUGUUCCCCGCUGUGCAAUGUGCCGCUGCAUUCGCAACGUCGUAUCCGGAGAUCUGGUCUGAUAACCCCUCCGCUGUGAGGACGAAAGACAUAGGCAAAAUCCCUUGUUUGAUUCCUAUGGCUAUUGAUCAAGAUCCAUAUUUCCGACUCGUCCGCGACAAUGCUUCUCGUAUGCGAUUUCCAGGGCCAAAGCCGGCGCUGAUACAUUCUAAAUUCCUUACGGCUCUGCAAGGUAUUGGAGGAAAAAUGAGCGCAAGCGACCCGAAUUCUGCAAUUUUCAUGACGGAUACGCCCAACCAAAUCAAGAAAAAAAUCACGAGGCAUGCAUUUAGUGGGGGCCGAGACAACAUAGAAGAGCACAGACGGCUAGGCGGUAAUCCUGACGUUGAUGUUUCGUUCCAAUACCUCUCGUACUUUGAAGAAGACGACGAAAAGCUCAAGAAGAUUGAGGAAGGUUACCGGAAGGGAGAGAUCCUUACUGGCGAGCUUAAGAUGAUGGCCAUCACUUUACUGCAGGAGUAUGUGGCAGAGUUCCAGGAGCGGAGAAAGCUUGUUACGGAUGAACUUUUGAAGCAGUAUAUGACUCCCCGGAAGCUGGAAUGGAAGGGAAAUCCCAAUCCGAAGCCCAAAGAGGUCAAGCCGAAGGAAUCAAAACCGAAGGAGCCCAAGGUAAAGAACGAAGCGAAGAAGCCCCAAGACGACAAUUGA